AUGCCACCGCGAUAUGGGCCGCAGACUCAGACAUUGCCUGCGCAUGAGCUUGACGAUAUCAAAGUCGAGCAUCAUCCUCACAGCCAAAUUCCUUCUACUGUGCAUCGCUUCUCUGAGUUCUCUCGCAGCUGCCCAACAGAAGACUAUGUACCUCGUAACGACUCGCCAUGGGAGCCAUUCUGCACACGGCUUGAUUUCGAAGUAGCAGAGAUUGCACUCGAAGCUGCGAUGACAAAGGAUCAAACCAAUCGCCUUAUCAAUCUCAUACAUCGAUCUGCUAGUGGCAAUGACACAUUCACACUGCAAAAUCAUGAUGAAGUCCGCUCCCUCUGGGACCUUGCUUUGCAACAUUAUACUAGAUUUCAGAAUGAUGCAGUGUCUGUUCCCCUCAGAAAUGAAGUGCUCGAAUUCGACAUGCACUACCGCCCUCUCUGGGAUUGGGUCCUUGACUUGUUGCGAGACAAACGUCUCGCACCUCAUUUUGUAUUUGAUGCUCAAUGUCUCUCGAAAUUCAACGGAGAAAGAUUUGUACGUUUUAUUGAUGAACCAUGGACUGCCGAUGUGUUUUGGAAGGCACAAUCGCAGCUUCCGCCCAAUGCAAAACCACUGGCAUUCAUCCUCUAUGCGGACAAGAGUAAACUAUCGUCAUUUGGGAGCCAAAAAGGCUAUCCAAUCAUUGCGCGCAUCGCUAACCUACCGGUUCAUAUUCGUAACAGUAAUACUGCCCUAGGAGGUGGUCGUGUCGUUGGCUGGCUGCCCAUUAUUGUUGAGGAUCAAGAACAUGCAAAAAAGAAGAACUAUGUAGACUUUAAAAAUGCUGUCUGGCAUACAUCCUUCUACCAGCUUCUGGCCUCGGUUGCGAAGCACUCAAAUACAGGCUAUUGGUUUGAAUGCAGAGACGGAAUCCGACGUCAUCUCUGGCCCCUCAUUAUAAUCUUAAGUGUCAAUUACGAAGAACAAUGUAUCAUGGCAUUGAUCCGUGGGCUUAAGGGAAAAUUUCCAUGUCCAGUUUGUUUGGUUCCACAAGACGAGCAGUCCAUUCUCCGCACCCAUGAGCUGCACACAAGCCACCAAUCUGAAGACAUACUCCGCACUGCAAGAUCAAAGCCGUCUGAGAAGGAAAAAGAGGAUCAUCUAAAGGCUUUCUCACUUCGAAACAUUGAGAAUGUCUUCUCGAGAAUCCUUCAUGUCGAUGUUCAUCGUGCACUUUCUUUCGACCGCCUGCAUACAAACAAGGAAGGAUUAUGGGGUGACCAUUUGUGGAAGGAAGUAAAGUUUUGGAUUUUGGACCUCGGGCGUGAAGCGGCUGUCAAACUCGAUAAAAAUGAUCUGUCCAAGAUGAUCAUUUUUGCGGCACAGGAUAUGCUUACUUCAUCCCACUGUAAACUGGGACAGUUACUUCUUCGUUGCAUUCACUACUACGUCGAGUUUGAUAUUUAUGUCUCAUUAGAAGUACAUACAGAGGAUACAAUCGCAGCUGGAAGGCUGGCACUGCAAAAGUUCUCAGAAAUGAUGGAUGAAUAUAUUGCACAAUCGCACCCCGAAACCAACAAAAAUUGGAACUUUCCAAAGAAACACUUGGUCUCGCAUGCAUUCGACGAUAUUCUAGCCAAAGGUGUGACACGUAACUACAGUACCAAGCCAAAUGAAAAGAUGCAUGGCUCUUUACAAAAAAUCAAUCUUCAACGCACAAAUUUCAAGAAUGUUGCUUCUCAGAUUCUACACUAUGAUGAAUGGCUUCUAACUUCGACAUCCAUGCGCUCUGAACUCGACGAACUCGACAAGUACAAUCAACGAGACACCUGUGACCCUGAGACCAACGAAGUACUGGAUGACUCCAACGCUGGAACAUCUAAAUCUACUACUAUUCAUGCACAUUUAGGUUCAAGGCAGGGUAAUAACUCUUUUUCCGACAUCAUGCACUUGCAUGGAACUGACAGGGCCUUCACCAACUUUCGGAUGAAGCUAAACGACUUCUUAAAUGGCUUCCUGCCACAGAAUAACAUUCCAUUACCAGAUGGAAGGCGCAUUCACAUGCAAGCAGAGGAUACAUUCUAUGGAUCGCCGAGAUACGACUGCGUCAUCGUGAACACUGCAAACACACCAUUCUUCGCUCACCUUGUAUACAUGUUCACUUGUUUGGUUGGCGGCACUGAAUUCCCUCUCGCACUUAUUCAGCCAUAUGACGUCGGUAUUGCUAAUAGUCGUUGGAGGCGGGAUAAUGAUAUGGGAUUGUGGCGCGUGCGAGCCAAACCUCGCUCUUCUUCUGAAAUCAUUUCGGUUCGGUCAAUCGUUCGGGGAGCUGCUCUCGCCAGAAAUCCCGAAACAGAUGGGGAUUACUUCGUCAUCCACACUGUGGACACUGACAUGUUCCUUCGAGUCAAGGCACUCCAGGCUAGCGCUCAACCAUUGUGA